AUUCUUUCCGCCGGCCUCCCAGUUACAGUUACUGUGCAGCAUCCGUGACUGGGUCUGGGCUGGUGUUCAGAAGAACGCGUGCUUGAAGGAAGUCAUGUGAGAGCGGAAUCGCCCAAUGAAGCGGCUCCUUCCAGCCUCCCGCGGGUAGGAGAAGGCCCUGACGCGAAGUCCUUCCCGUCGCCCGGCAUGGCUCCUGCGCGCUACUGUGUUCCUGGAGAGCGACUCUGCAGUUUAGAGGAAGGAACCCCUGGGAAUGGCACCUACACACGCCAUGGUUCUAUCUUUGCCUCUCUGGCUGGUUGUUUCAUGAAGAAAAGCGAGAAUGGCAUGCUCCCAGUAAUCUCCGUGAUAAGAGAUGUGGAAUCUCAGCUACUGCCUGAUGUGGGAGCCACAGUGACAUGCAAGGUUUGCAGCAUUAAUUCUCGUUUUGCCAAGGUGCACAUUUUAUAUGUUGGUUCUACACCGUUAAAAUCCCCAUUUCGUGGAACAAUACGCAGAGAAGAUAUCCGAGCUACAGAGAAAGACAAGGUAGAGGUUUACAAGAGUUUCCGUCCAGGAGAUAUUGUUUUGGCCAAAGUUAUCUCUUUAGGGGAUGUACAAUCCAAUUACUUGCUGACCACAGCAGAAAAUGAGCUGGGGGUAGUGGUGGCUCAUAGUGAAGCAGGGGUACAGAUGGUGCCAAUCAGCUGGUGUGAAAUGCAGUGUCCCAGUACACACGGCAAGGAGCUGCGCAAAGUAGCCCGAGUUCAGCCUCAAUUUCUGCAGACAUAGUGAAUGACGCAUGCACCAAGACACACGACUGGUACCAGAAAAGAUUAAUCCUAGGAAAAGAACGAGAGGAACUUGAAAGCAGCUUUUUCUGCUGUGACUUCAAGAUCGUAGCAGAGCUUUUUGGUGCAGGACAUCAUGAUUAGAGCCUUUUAUUUUCAAUUUUGCAUCCUAAUUUUGUUGUUUUGUAAAUCAGUAAACUUUCCACUCUGAUUUCUACCUUCA